AUGUCUGAAACUGCUAAUUCUAACCCAACGCCAAGCACGGCAAGUGCAUCGACAACGAAGCCUCCAACUCCGCCCAAACCCCAAAACCCGGUCUUCAAGAUGAUGGGAAUUCCAAAUUUCCGUUUGAGACUACCCUCGCGAAACUGGAUGAUUUUCCUCACAAUCACCGGAGGCUUCACAGCUGCUAUAACCUACGAUCGCCGACAGAAGAAGCGCGCACAGCAGAAAUGGGCCGACCUCGUCGCUCACAUCUCCAAGGAAACAUUACCGAUAGAACAGAAUAGACGGAAACUUACAGUCUUCUUAUCUGCGCCUCCGGGAGACGGUCUUCGAUCCGCCCGUGAAUACUUUAUUGAAUAUGUGAAGCCUGUUCUUGUUUCCGCGGCUCUAGAUUACGAGGUCAUCGAGGGAAGAAAGGAAGGCGAGAUUCGAGCGGGUACAGCCGAGAAGAUUCGUGAAUACAGACGUCAAGCUGGAGAACAAAGUUCCGUGGUUCAGGAGCCGAGCAAAGAAUCGAUCAUUGCCGAAACUAGACGGCGGAUGGGUGUUACAGAUGAGCCUGGGCCGCUGGGCGAUAUCGUCAUUGGACGCCAUACAUGGAAAGAAUAUAUUCGAGGCCUUCAUGAAGGAUGGCUGGGUCCUCUUGAUCCUCCGCCUCCUCCGGAGGUACCCACCGAAGCGACCAGCUCAGUCGACGUACCUGACGUUCCUCGUGAUACUGCUACGGCUGAAAGUACUGAAAAUCCCGACAGUUCUUCAACUUCUACGCCCGAAGAAAAACUUGCUGAACCCGAGAAGGAAAAAGAAAAGGAGAAACCUAAGGGUCCAACACCCGCAUAUAUCUCAACCGUAGACUACUCAUCACGAAACCUCCCCGCGACCAUUCCCGUAUCAUUUGAAGCUUCUCUACCGGUUCCUUUCCCUCAUCUUCUCGGGUUUUUGAACACCCCAAUCAGAAUCUACCGCUACCUGACGAAACGUUAUCUCGCGGACGCCGUUGGCGAACAGGUCGCCGCAGCCGUCCUUGCCUCUGCAAGCAGACCAUAUUACGAAGGCCUCACCAACUCCUCCGAGUCCGACUUGGGCCCUUCAACCGAACCAUUCACACCCGAAACUCAGUCACAGCAGAUUUAUGAGCAGCAGACCCUCCUCGAUCACGAAGAGAAGGAGUGGCACAAAUCCGUGCGCAAGGCUGCUGAAGCUCGGAAACAGCAAGCCGAAGCAGAUAAUUCAGCUAGUGUAAGCGACGAUACUCAACCAGUUGCACAACCCGACAUCUUGAAGGAAGAACGUGAAUGGAUUGAUGACGUUGUCAUUGAUCCUCGCAUCGCUGCCCGUAUGAGUCGAUACGUCCUCGCACCGGAGGAAGAGGCACGCGCCAAACGCAUCGAUGAAGGGUUAGAGUGGGUUCUGGGAGAGGGCGAAAGACCUAAGAAAUUACCCUUUUGGCAACGAGUCUGGAUUGAUUAUGGUUAUGGUGAAGAUCCAGAGGUUGCUAAGAGGAAGCCUAUUCUUGGAAAUAUCGAUAACGAGGGGGAGUAG